CCCAACGUCACUUCAACUCUCACACUGAGUCACACUCAACUUCUGUUCUCCUCGCCCUCCCCUCUACCUCUGCACCGUCCUCUGUAGAUCCGAGAAAUUUUUGUUGAAAAGCAGGCCGCAUCCGCUCGGCCGUCUUUGAGCAAAAAUGAGCGCUCCGCAACAAAACGAAGCGGAAAAGAACAUUGAAAUAUGGAAGGUCAAAAAACUCAUCAAACGUCUCGAGGCGGCUCGAGGCAACGGCACAUCCAUGAUCUCCCUCAUCAUCCCACCCAAGGACCAAGUCUCUCGUGCGGCGAAGAUGUUGGCUGAAGAAUUCGGUACCGCCUCCAACAUCAAGUCUCGAGUCAACCGUCUUUCUGUCCUGUCAGCCAUUACCUCCACCCAGCAGCGCCUGAAGCUGUACAACAAAGUGCCACCGAAUGGCCUGGUCGUCUACUGCGGUGAAAUCAUCACGUCCGAAGGAAAGGAGAGAAAGAUCAAUAUUGACUUCGAACCUUUCAAGCCUAUCAACACCUCCUUGUACUUGUGCGACAACAAGUUCCACACCGAAGCCCUCAGCGAACUCCUCGAGUCCGACCAGAAGUUUGGUUUCAUCAUCAUGGACGGUAACGGAGCAUUGUUUGGAACACUAAGUGGUAACACAAGAGAAGUCCUCCAGAAAUUCUCGGUUGACUUGCCAAAGAAGCAUGGUCGUGGUGGUCAGUCUGCUCUUCGUUUCGCCCGUCUGAGAGAAGAGAAGCGUCACAACUACGUUCGCAAAGUCGCCGAACUAGCAGUCCAAAAUUUCAUCACCAACGACAAGGUCAAUGUUGCUGGGCUGGUGUUGGCUGGUUCCGCCGACUUCAAGAACGACCUGAACCAGUCUGACAUGUUCGAUGGCCGUCUUCAGGCCAAAGUUAUCAAGGUCGUUGAUGUCUCCUAUGGUGGCGAAAACGGAUUCAAUCAGGCCAUUGAUCUUUCUUCCGAAACGUUGAGUAACGUCAAAUUUAUUCAGGAGAAAAAGCUCAUUGGCAAAUAUUUUGAGGAAAUCAGCCAAGACAGCGGUCGUGUUUGCUACGGCGUCGAAGAUACCUUGAAGGCUCUAGAGCUUGGUGCUUGCGAAACCUUGAUCGUCUACGAGAACUUGGAUAUCACCCGCUGGGUCUUGAAGGCUUCGGAUGGUUCUGAGCGGGUCUUGCACACCACAAAGGCUCAAGAAGCGAACCGUGAGCAAUUCAUGGACAAAGAAACUGGCCAAGAAAUGGAGGUUAUAGACCAGACCUCUUUCCUCGAAUGGCUUGCGGAAAAGUACAAGGAUUUUGGAGCCACCUUGGAGUUUGUUUCCGAUCGGUCCAGCGAAGGCAACCAGUUCGUGAAAGGCUUUGGUGGUAUCGGCGCAAUCUUGCGCUACAAGGUCAACUUCGAGCAGUUGGCUGACGCUGAUGACGAAGACGAAUUCUAUGAUGAUUGACAAUUCAUUGACCUCGCAACACAGCGCGAGGAGCGGUCAGCACCCGGUCUUCAAGCACCAGUCCAUGACUUGAACUUGACAGCAGCUCCUCGCGCUCAGCGUCCAAGUGACGCACCCACGUCCCAAGUUACGGGAGGGACGAGCUCAACUGUGGCCGACAAACCACAGAUCAGGCACAUGGAGCAGUCGGGCAUCAAGACCGAUGUACUCCGAAAAGUUGAGCGAGUCACAGUGCCACCAGCGAGGCAAGACAGAGGUCUAGUUCAUGGACGCUCCAACCUUCGCAACAUGGUCAUGGUCUGAGAUGACGCCGGCGUUCAGGUUCAGCUUAGGAAUACCCCAGCAGACCCAAUCAGCAGUCGCAAAGGGGUUGGCUAACAAUCUCGGCUGAAUCUGAUGUAAGUCCGACAUUCCGUUGGCGAUAUGUGCAGAAUGUGCAUCGGCCGGUGCCGUCAGCAGUGAUGCUGAUGCGCGACUUGAAAAUGGAUCGAGAAUUGCUCCUAUUCAAUCCCUGCCAGGGCAACUUCGAGGAUCUGCUUGUACUCCUUGUCUCGUCGAGCUGGUCACUCUUUUAGCCUCAAGCUCAUAUUGUGUUCUUUUCGCAGCCAAGGUUCGAGACAGAGCGUCGCCUCGUGCCUCGCCCUUGUCAACAUCUUGCGUUGUUGAGCGGUUCUUAACCAAGAGCAACCCAAUAGUGGUUAGAUAGUCAAUCUUUACUUCCGUCUCUGUCGGCAGCCCG